AUGAAGUUUUUAAUAUUUUGGGGUCUUUAUAUCCCUCUUUUGCUUAUCCGCUUCGGGUUUUCUGUUUCAGAAAGUUAUAUUCAUCCUGAUGAGUAUCUUCAGGGUAUACAAGUUGUUGCUGGUGAUAUUUUGAAAAUUAAAGUAGAAUAUCCAUGGGAGUUUAAAGGGCCUUUUCCUAUUAGAUCAAUAGGUCCUUUGUGGAUGAUUUAUGGUUUACCUGUAAAACUUGCUCAGUGGAUUACUGGAAAAGGAUGUUCUAUGGAGCCUUUGCUUUUGUUUUUUCUUUUGAGGAUUUUUUUUUUUGGUUUAUCUUUUAUUGUUGAUUGGUUCGUUUAUACAUCUACGAGUCCAAAAUAUAGAGGAAAUGCUCUUUUGCUUUAUGCGUCUUCGUUUGUGACGUAUACAUAUCAGACUCAUACAUUUUCUAAUUCAAUUGAAACAAUUAUGGUGUCUGCUUGCUUAUUGCUAAUGCGCAAAAACAAGAUGAGCAUGAGUUCUUGGAAAUGUGUUUUAUUAGCUAUUUUUGCAAGUAUUGGUUUUUUUUCACGUAUUACAUUUCCAAUUAUACUUAUUCCUUUUGGAUUUCUUUUUAUAAAAUCUCUUGUUAAAAGGCCAAAAAUGACGUUUUUAACAAUUAAAUCUUUUAUAAUAGUAUUUUUUAUUCUUAUUUUAGUAGAUUCUCUUUAUUAUGCAAAUGGUCGCCGAAUUGUACUUACAAUAUUAAAUAAUUUUAACUAUAAUAUCAAUUAUGCUAAUUUGCAAAAACAUGGCAUUCAUGCUUAUUGGACUCAUUUUUUGAUAAACAUUCCUGUAAUGUUAGGACCUGCUAUAUUUUUACCAGUUAUUAUCAAAAAAAUUAAAUUUGAUAUCUAUUUGAUAAGCAGUAUUAUAUAUAUUACGGUUUUAUCUUUGUUUCCACAUCAAGAAUUUAGAUUUUUAUUACCAGUUUUUCCUUUGUUAAUUGUAUAUUUAUGUUCAUUAGGAAGUAUAAAAGGACGAAAAAAGAAACGAUUAUUUAUGUUUUCUUGGAUUAUAUAUAAUAUUCUUGUUGGUCUUUUUUUUGGUUUUUUUCAUCAACAUGAUAUUAUAUCUACUAUGAUUUUUUUAAAAAAAUAUUUAGUUAAUCAGUUAUCUACAAAUAUAAUUUUUUGGAAAACAUAUCCUCCACCAACAUGGUUAUUUUUACGUCAUUCUGAUUCGAAUAUAGUUUUUACUCAUUUAAUUGGGUAUUCUGUUGAUCAUGUUUUGGAAUACUUAUCUGCUGCAAAAAAGAAUAAUGUUAGAAUCAUUUUUAUUUUUCCUAUUUCUUCAAUGGCUAAAUUUUCAUGUGUUUUUGAUGAAUUAAAAGAUAGUUUCUGUAAAACUAAUAUAACUUUGCGUCAAAUUUUUAAAACUUCUUACCAUAUUAAUUUAGAUGAUUUAGAUUUUAUGAAUAAUAAUAUAUUUUCUUUAUUGUUACAUUUAGUAAGAAAAAGAGGAUUAGGUAUAUGGGAUGUUAUUUAA